AUGGGCUCGAAGCUGAUCGAUGCGGCAAAAUAUACUGCCGAAACGGUGAAGGGUGCCGUCGUUGUGCUUUUCAGUCCCAACGCUCCCAUACCUGCUGCAAAACUCGAUCCGUUCAUGCCUGCUAGGCCAUGGACUGCUCAAGAAUGGUUCCGUAUGUGGUCCUGGAGACAUUGCUGGAAAUAUCUGCCCGUCUUUCGGUACUACAUUUAUUCUGGUCUCAUGGUUUACGGAUUCUACAAGUUCGUCCUUCCAGUGAAACCAAGACACAAGAUUCUUCAUCAUCAGAUGUACGACAACUUGCACCAUCAUGAGGUAGAGCACUGGUAUGGCAUUAGGCAAAAGCGACAAGACGCCGAAUAUUUCAGAAAAUAUAAUCCACUCAAGAAAGCUGGAGAACCCGAAGCCAGUGGACAUUGA